AUGUACGCACAAUCUCAUGUGGCAUACCCCCAAACCGUGGCCCCACAGCAGAAGCUUAGUCCCGCACCCCUUGCCCGCUGCCAAAAGAGAAAACGUACCACGAAAAAGGUCCCAAGCGCCGAUGCGGACGCAGGUGACUCUCAAGUCGAUUCGCCUGCCAAGUUACCUGAACAACCAAUAGACCACCCCUCCGAGCCUUUCCAUCCUACAGUCACAAGAGCCGACCAUGCGGCGCUGGACGAGUUUCAGAGCCUGUUAGCGACUGGAAGGACUAGAUUCCCAAAUGUGCCUGCCGCCCCUUACCUCAUCAGCCGCCAGUCCAUCAAGCUUCCAACCCCUAAGAGUUACGACAAACUAGCGCCCCUCGUAGCCCUACCCUCUCAAUCCCGCAAGCCGGUUCUACCCGGCGCCGGACGCUCUCUCCCUUGCGAGAUCCAAGGCCAGUUCUCGGAUAGAUUUAGGCCCUCGGACAGCGGGGCUGGCCUCGAGGACCGGAAACGAGAUGCCAAGGAUCUUCUGACGCAAUUCGAAAAAGCCAUGAGCGAUCUAGGCCCCUGUCGCCCUAAAUAUACAGAGUAUCCUCAUGCAUUCAAAGAGCAGCUCAAAACAGACGAGGCGUCAAAAGCCAAGGCGGAGAGGCUUGCGCGGAAGCUUGCUGAAGAGGAGCGGAACAAGCCGAUCCGACCUGAAGUGCGUCCUGCCGAUCCCAUCGAGGGUGCGGCUUGGGACAUCAUCGGCGCCGUCCACAUCGAUGCGUCCGCAACCCGUACCACAUCUCUCCUCGCGGGCGCUGUACAGCAAGCCGGCGAGUACAUCAUUUCCCGAAGGGCUGAUAUGAUGAGGGCGCGCCAGGCUCUUGAUCUGGCAACGAAGGAGAACAGGACGGAAGACGUGCCUAAACUGAAAGCCAACGCCGAUCUCAAACAGCAGGUUCUUUGUCGUACACUCGACGCUGCUGACCAGUUCGGUGAUGAGGUUGUUCUAGAAAACUUGGGAGGUCACACCAAGCUUGUUCUCAACCUAAUGAAUCUGCUGAUCGCCUGCAUUAAAGCUGGCGACUUCUCCGGCCCAAUGCUCAAGUCAGCCCUCCGGCUCUUGUCCAACUUUCGGAUUACUCAAAAGAUAGCCUUGCAAACUAAUCUGGAGACGAUUAGGCGGCGCCUGUCCGACAAAGGUGACGCGGAUGUGAAGGAGCUGCUCGCUUCCAUCAUGUCAAGAAUCAAAAAGGACAAAGAGUCAAAACUGGCGCCUUCUAAAUCUGUAACUGAUAGCCCACCGGGAAAGCGAGCUCGUGUUGACGAGACGGAGCCUCGCAUCACCAAAAAGCAGGCCACCGACUCUGGCCCAAGUGCCCCAUCUCAAGGCCUCUCGAAGCCAACGCCGGCCACGGCUUUGGGCCAGCCGAAGGCCGCGACCGCUAAGCCUCGUCCUCCGAUUGGCAUCUUGCCAGGAAAAAGUCGACCAGCUUUAAAACCGAUCGCCAAGCCUGAGCCUAGUAAGGGUGAAGCAGCCAAGUCCGACACGAGCAAGAAUGCUAGUGAAGAGAAGGCAGCUCUCAAGCCUGAAGUGAAGAAGGCAACCGUUAAAACAGAACCCAAGUCUGAUGUCCCAAGGCCUUCGAAAUCCUCAUCAGCAUCCUCCGCCCUCGGAGGCAUCGCGUCUCUUCUUGAUUCCAUCAACGCCCCGAAAGCUGAGGCCAAACCGCCAGCAAAAGAGCCCAAAGAGGAGCGCGAGAGGAAAGAAACUCCCGAAGAGAGAGAGGCACGUCUGCGUAAAGAAGCGCGCAGAAGACUGCGGGUAACUUGGAAGGCGGAUGAUCAGCUGGAGCAAGUGCGAUUCUUCCACCAAGAGGAUGAGGAAGAAACCGGAUUCGAUUCCAGAAUGAUCCGCGACGCGGCUGAUGACAAGGGCGAAGGCAUGGUUCUCAAGAGGCGCGGACAGGGCCUGGAAGAAGAGGAGGACGAUGAGGAGGACGAGCUACCUUACCGGCCCUGGCUCGACCCUGCACCCAUCGACUUCUCCAAUAUCCCUAUCGACCAAAGACAAAAGGCCUACACCUCAAGGGGUGGAAAUCUUGCCAUCGCCACGGCCGAGCAGAAGGUUAUGGCAGACCGCGAGCAGAAUGUCCUCAUUGCUAUUUACCAGGAAUUUUCCGAUAUCCCGCCCACACCAAAGAGCCCUGUGGCAGGCAGAGCCGAGCCAGCGAUAGAUGUGAAGAUUGGCCACCUCCCUCGGGACGACUCCAAGUUUGACGAAAUCCAUCGCCGCUGGAAGGAGGUCCAGCAACUCGGGAGGGACUCGGCUCUUCAGUAUGCCAUGAAGCGACUUGCGAGCAAGAAAACCCCCGCCCAUCAGGUUAACAAUAUCCUCGACAGCCUGCGAACUUCCGCCGCUGCCGGACAGAUGGCAGGAGGUGCCUCAGGCACCAUCCCAUCCGAAUCACAAACGGAUGCCACGGCGGGCCGGCCGGCGCCAGAGCAGGUCGUCGCUCUCCUCACAAGCGACAAGGUCAAGCAGUGGCAGGGCCGGGAGCUCUCCCGUACGACACACCGCCGUCACGAUUACCCCGAUCCGCGAGCACAGUAUGCCGCAGACGCCGUUGAGGAGGCCGCGGCCAAGUUGACGGGACCAUAUCCCGCUACGGAGCCGCCGGAGUGGCUAAGGGACAACACAGAGGCCGUCAGGGAAUGGUGGCUUGGGUUCGAUAAAGACGCAGCUGCUCAUUCGAAGCGGGAGGCUGAAGAACGGGCACGAGCGGAGUCUGAUCGCUUCCUGGCCAUGCAAAGCCAGGCUGGGGCUGAUGCAUGGGCGGCUUAUUAUGCGCAGCAGCAGGCGUAUGCACCCUAUAUGGCAAUCCUACAACAGAUGCAGGCUGGCAAUGUGCCUCUCGGGGCCACUGCGUCCACCACAGCUCAGGUGGGGCAAGCAGGCGGCAACGACCAACUCCAGGCUGUAUUAGCCGCCCUCGGUCAAUCACAAUCACAACCGGCUACAGCUACCCCAGCCGGGGGCCUCCGCAGCGCCACAAAUGCACUCAAAUGA